AUGGUAACGUUUGAUGUUACAUCCAUCUUCGCUUCUACUCCCCAGGACCUGGCAAUCGAGACAAUCAGACUGCUUCUACAAAGCAAAUACGAUGAAACGGAGAAUCACCUUGGAGACGCCCAAGUCCUUCAGCUCCUGAAGCUCUGUCUCUGGACGUAUUUCACGUUCGACAGGACAAUCUACGAACAAGUGAAGGACACACCAAUGCGUUCGCCGAUUUCGGAAUUCCUUGCCGAGGCGGUCCUGCAACGGUUAGAUUCGCUGGUCUUCCAACACCACAGACUGAAGUUUUGGACUCGGUAUGUGGAUGAUACCUUCGUCGAUAUCGAACGGGAUCAACUGCUGACAUUCAAGACACGUCUGAAUGCAGUCUUCCCGGACAUAAAAUUUACGAUGGAGGAGGGAAAAAAUAACCAGCUGGCAUUCCUUGAUGUCCACGUAUGCCGCAAAGAUUGUGGUGGACUAAAGACCAAUGUGUUCAGGAAAGCGACACAUAUGACGCAAGUACUGAACUUCAACAGCAACCACCCAAUCAGCCACAAAAUCACUUGUUACGGACUCACUAUCGGUGUGUCGAAACGCACUGCAGUGAGUCGGAAGACAAGAUUGCCGAACUACAAUAUCUCCGACGGGUCUUCAAAGCCCAUGGCUACGAGCGCAACUUCGUCAACCGGUGCAUCCGCAAAAGGGACGAAAGGCCUAACCGCAUGGCCACUAAAUUUUGGCGAGCGCUUCUAUAUGUCAAGAACGUUCCGGAAGCUGUUGGCUGCCUUCUCGCACCAUUUGGUGUUGGAGUUGCACAAAGACCGGAGGCAACCAUCAGGCGUCUUGGUAAUGAAACCGAAAGACCCGCUGCCACGGCAAGAAACGUCUGGAGUCGCAUAUCGGAUCUGGUGCAGUUGCGGACAAAGCAACUACGUCGGAGAAACCGGAAGACAACUCCAAACGCGAAUGGCCGAACAGGCUGCAGCGGUGCGGAUAAAUGACGCGCCUCAUUCGACGGGUUCUGGCCACACAUUCAAAUUUGACGAGGCCAAACUUCUCGCUAGAGGUGACAGCCGCGUUAGCCGGCAGCUGCUUGAGUCAUGGUUUACUGUCCCCCAGUCCAUUAAAAAGUGCAACGAUCUUCCUCUUCAAUGCUCGGUGUUGAAUCUUCACCUCGGCGGAGUAAUUGGCCACGCGGGGAGCGCACUGGUGAACACUGUUUUUAAAGCUAGAGUUGGUGGGUCAGAUGGCCGAGCAAUCAUCACACCAGCAUCCAACGCAUGUGAUGAAAUUGCAGCACGUAACGACGCGAAUGUCGGCCGUCAAGCCAUUAGAACACCACGGGCAACAACCCCUGAACAAGGGCGGAGACGUGAGUAUUAA